GUGGAGUCGUGUACACGGAAAGGGGGUGUGUGAGGAUAGUGGCAGCGUUUCAUGCAGCUCCAGUGGACACCUAAAGCGGGACUCACUGGUGUGUGUGUAAGGAGGGCUAACACACACACACACACACACACUCACACACUUAACAUUUGGACACAACAUGGCGAUGAGGCGCCGAGAGACACGACGACUCUUCCCCGACUAACACAACCACGUUAUGUUUAUUGGUGGGGAAGGCGCGCGACAGGGAAAUACGUGAAAUAACUAAUUAAACCUGAAGAGAUUUUUUUUUUCCCGAAUUCCAUUAUAUGCAUGUAGCUGUAGCGGUCAUAUAAAGCACACACUGCUUUACCCCCGCUGCUGGAAAUCAAACGCUCUACAUGGCGGUGGAGAAUAUCUGGUUCUUCUGUCUACUUUCUCUGGGUUACUGUGGAUUAUCCGUGCAAGAGAAGCCCGUAUCCGUGGAGCUGAGCUGUGGUGCUGGUCCUGUCCAUGUGGUUCUGGAGCCUGAUCACCCUCUGCUGCUGGAAUGCCACCUGGGGGCCAGUGAGCCCCCCCUCAACGUGACCUGGCUGCGGGAUGGGGUGCUUCUCUCAGAAAGCCAGACCAUCCGGCCUUUGAUCAACGGGUCUCUACUCAUCUUGCCCUCUUCCACGGAUGGCCAGGCUCCAGCGGGUGUGGAGGGCGGCUACAGUUGCCUAAGUACCAGCUCGACGGGAGCGCUGACCAGCCGGGCUCUCACCCUGCAUCUCGCCAACUUGUCCCGUUUUCUUCAGGAUCCUGAACCUCAGGUUGUGCCAGAAGGUGGCACUGCCCGGUUUGAGUGCUAUGUAGACGGCUUGCCCACCCCAAGUAUCACCUGGGAGAAGGACCAGGAACCCCUCCCUGCACCCACAGAACCUCUAGAACCAUCCAGGUACAUAUCUCUUCCUAAUGGGGUGCUGCAGAUUUUAGGGGUUACUAAAGAAGAUGAAGGCUUGUACCGCUGCUUGGCCUUCAACUCUGCCCGCAAACGCUUCAGCCAAGAUGCUCCCCUCACAGUUAGCCCAGGUGUGUCCCAGGAGAGUGAGGUGGUGAUUGUGGCUCCACCACGGAACUCUACAGUGGUCAUGGGUCGUCCGGCUGUGAUGGAGUGCAUGGCUCAGGGUGAACCCAAACCUUUCGUAUCAUGGAGCAGACAGGAUGGGAAGCCUAUAGCUACAGAUGUGGUUGUCUUGGCAACUAACCUAGUGAUUCCUGACACCCGCAGUCACCAUGCUGGAGUGUAUGUGUGUCGUGCCAACAAACCCAAGACCAGAGAUUUCGUCUCAUCUCCUGCUGAACUUCGAGUACUGGCUCCACCAGUCAUCCUCCAGCCCCCAGAGGCGGUGUCCCUGUCCCGGGGGAAUACAGCUCGGUUUGUGUGUAAUAGUUCGGGUGACCCUCCCCCUGCUCUGCGCUGGCUGAAGAAUGGUGAACCGGUCCAGUCUAAUGCCCGGGUUAAGACUCAGAACCCUGGAGUUCUGCUCAUCAACCAGCUGCGGCUGGACGAUGCAGGAUACUACCAGUGUAUUGCUGCCAACAGCCUGGGCACCGCCUGUGCCACUGCCAAGCUGUCUGUCAUCGUGAGGGAGGGGCUGCCUAGCCCUCCCCGUCAUGUGUUGGCCAUACCCCACUCUAGCACUUCUGCCCUGCUCACCUGGGACCCACCUGAACAUAACAGUGACCAGAUCAUUGGGUUUUCAGUACACUACCAACGCACGGCAGGCUCAGACAACAUGGAGUAUCAGUUUGCAGUGAAUAAUGACACAACAGAGCUGCACGUAAAGGAGCUGCUCCCUCACACAACCUACACUUUCUAUGUAGUGGCCUACUCGCUCAUUGGGGCCAGCCGCCCGUCACUGCCCGUUACCGUGGAGAUGCUAGAGGAUGUUCCCAGUGCUUCUCCACAGCUGUCCCUGCUGAGUACAUCUCCCACUGACAUGAGAGUCAUGUGGCUUCCUCUGUCCUCACAGCUGAGCCGAGGAGCCAUCACACGCUACCGCAUUGACUACAGAGCGCUGGAGCAGGUGGAUCACAUAUACUCUGUGGAAUUGGGUGGGAAUGAGACACAGGUGACUUUAAAGGAUCUGAAACCAAAUCAAACAUACCAGAUCCGGAUUGCGGCGGGAACACGAGCUGGGUUUAGUCAGUCGUCUGAGUGGGCCUCGCACCACACACCAAACCUUACUCAGGUGCUCUUUGCUCCCACUGAGCUCAAAGUGAGAGCCAAAAUGCAUUCCCUCCAUGUCACAUGGCAGCCACCGCCCAAUCACACUCAAAUCAUCGGCUACAAGCUUUCCUGGAGGGAACUGGAUGGAGAGGAGCUGGCCAAUGAGGAGAAGCCUAUGAUCAACGAGAGGAUUCAGCAGAUCAAACUGAGGAAGAGAGUUAAACACCAUGAGGUCACAGGACUUGCUCCUGAUCAGCUGUACGAGGUGAAGGUUUGGGCCUUUAAUAAACAGACUGAGGGAUAUCCUGCUGUCUGGAAGGGCAGAACAGAGAAGCUCACACGAGUGCGGACAACAGACUCUCUCCCACCAUUGCCACCCAUCAGUGUUAGAGCUCGUGCAAACAGUUCCACUUCUAUCUGGCUCCACUGGGAGAAACCGCACUUUAGCAAUGUGCGAAUCAUCAACUACACUAUACGCUGCAGCCCUGCAGGAAUACGCAAUGCAUCGCUGGUCUCAUACUAUACCAGCUCUUCUCAGGAGAUUUUACUGGAAUCACUGAAGCCCUUCACAAGCUAUGAAAUCGCUGUGCAGUCUAACGGAGCUGAAAUGAGUGGCCCUUUCAGCAGCACAGUGGAAGAGUCCACACUUCCAGACAGACCCUCCUCUCCUCCUCUGGACAUGCAGUUGAGUGCACUGGACUCAUACUCUGUUCUUGUGAGCUGGCGCCCUCCACUGGAGCCAAAUGGUGUCAUUUUGACCUACUGGAUCCUCUACACCGGCAACAUCAGCCAUCCAGAUCACCUGUGGAUAAAACUCACACAUGACGGUUCUGUUACCAGUGCAGAGGUCCAAGGCCUGACGAGUGGGAUGCGUUAUUAUUUCAAGAUGGGGGCCUGCACUGAAGUUGGGGUGGGACCAUAUUCACCUGUGAAGGAUGUCUUUACUCCUCCAAAGAAAUAUGAGCUGGAUAUCCAUGCUGUGACUGGUAUCAUAGUUGGAGUGUGUGUUGGUCUGCUCUGCAUCCUGCUCUGCAUGUGUGUCAGUUUCCGCAAUGGAAAAACAUGGGAUGUGUCUGGUGGACUUGACUCGAGUUCUUUGAGUCCUCAGUACAGGAAGGAUGCCCGUCCAGUGCCUGCUACUGCGCCUGAUUGCACUGACUGCCAUGAGUUAGAAACCCUCAUGCCCUCAAAUACACAAGACCCCAACAAGCCCCUCACAGACCUCACUGAGCAGCAGAGUCUCAUGGGUAAUAUAGAAGGGGCUGACGAUGGCCUUGCAGAAUCCAAGCCAGCCUGGAAUGGAUCCGUUAGUCGGAACUGGGCCAAUAGGAUCACCAGAUACAGAGAUACUAUAACUGAGGAUUCUUCUGCUCUCAUCAAUGGAUCUCUUGAGGGACCACCAUCAGAGAACAAUAAGAGUGGGCAUGUGGAGACGCUGUAUUCCCUCAGCAAGAACCAGGUGGAGGCUGAAGUCAUUGUACAUUCACAGCUGUCUAACACGACGGUUGACCAGGGUCCACAAAGUGACAUGGAGCUCUCUUUGGAGACUCCAUUUUCCAAGCACCCUUCUCCUGGAAAGAAGGCAACUCCAUCAAACCCACAUCCAACUUAUGCUCACAGCGAGAACAGCCAUGAAACUCGAUCUCCAUCUCCAACCCCCAGUACUCACAUCGCAGAAGUACUGUCCAAUCACAAUGGACCAUUUGAAAGUGGACUAAGCCAGCCGACAGUGGGCAGUGCCAAAAACCAAGGUGUGGGGCUUACUAAUGGCUUCCACUCAUCCAAACCCCUUUGCUCAAAGGCAGAGACCCUGGAGAAUGGGGUCCACAGGUUGUGCCCUGCAGGAAAGGUUCUGCACUCACCAGGUCUCCCUGCUUCCCCCUCAUCCCUUGCCAGCUCUGGCCUUGUCCACUCUACCUCAGGGGUGCAUAACUAUGUGUACCCCUAAGCUGGAAGGAAGAGAAGCGUAAUAAAUGGUGUUCCUAAAGUUCUGGGACAGAGGAGACCUACGAGUGGCACCUUCCUGCCGGAGAAGUUGAUAUUUUCUCAUAGCCACGCACGCCUCUUCUCUUGGCUGUUUUAUUGCAAAAUUUUGGUUCCAUUAUUUUAUAUGUAUGUACACAUAGAAUAUUUUUUUUAGCACUAGUCUCCAUGGAAAUGCAUUUUAGGGCAUAUCAGUGGCACACUUUAACCCCUCUUUGUGUGCAUGUACGGCAUGUGCUGAAGUGAAGUGGUUUAUGUGUUUACAUGCACACGUGUCAGAGGGUUCUUACUCUGAGGGGAAGUCGAAGGACCCUGAAAUCAGCCCUGCAUAUGGAAACCGAACUCAUUCACUGGACGAACGUCACGAGAUCAGUGCCAAUGGGUGAAGAUCUUGUCAGAGAAGAUAACCCUGCCACAAAUACCACCUCCUGCUGUCUCAGGGUCACCACACAUAAACACACACACACACACACACACACACACACACACACACACACACACACAGAUCUGUGCUUAAAAUGGCUGUACCAGAAAAUUAGCACCAUUUUUCAGUUCUACAUCUAUUCCGGUUUAAAGGGAUUGUUCACCCUUAAAUGAACAUUUUGUCAUUUACUCUUGCUCGUGUUGCUCCAAACCUGUGCAUGGACAAAAAUGUUGUUUGUUUUCUGCAGAAGUAAGAAAACCAUACAGGUGUGGAACAACUUGAGGGAGAGAAAAUGAUGACAGAAUUUUCGUUUCUGGGGUAAACUGUGUCCUUUACUUGAUCAGAUCAGAGGUACAUUUAUGCAUACAUACCAGAAUACAAUACAAAUAAAAACACACAUUCCCUGACUGGAGCGUAGUGUCUCAGGAGUCUCAAAUUCAAAGUGCAUUUGUAUAUGCACGAUUGCUGUAUCAAAUACCUAUAGACAAAAAUGAAGAAGAAAAGAAGGAACAAUACAAAGGAACACUAAGAGUCCAUGUACAUUUUCUAUCAUUUCAUGAGUGUACUCGUGAAGACACAUUGAUUCAUGCUCCAAGUUUUUCUCAGUCAACAGCACUACCUCAUUUCUUUACAGGAUUGUGUUUUUUUUCCUGUGUGAUUUUAUGAGUAUAGUAUAGGCGGAUUUGAAGCCGUCUGAUUCAUAGCCUUUGGAUUAUAGCAGAAUCUACUGCCCUUCUCACUCUGUCUGUAUUCUUGUGUAACGGUUACUGAAACUUUCACCUGUGUGCAAGCAUAUGGUCAUUUUCUUGUUAGUCCUUUGCUAUGAAAAAAAAGCUUGAUCAUCACAUCAGUUUUGCAAUAUACCCUUCAAAUGAAGGGGUAUAAACACAGUGGAAGGCAAACCGCAUGGUUUAAGAUCUACCUGUUGACAUGCCAGUCAUCUCUUUUUCUCAGGAACUUCUACGCAGGGAGUCCGAGAAGAACAUUUUCAGCCAAACUAGGAAAUGGCCUCCAUCUUUCAGAGGUCUUGUCAUGUACUUUAUUCUUUGUCCUCAUGCCAUGCAUCUGUCACCAUUUAGAGUUCAUCUGGAACUGUAAAUACAUUUUGCCAUCCAUGCAAAAUCAUGUUUUAUUACAGCUGAGAGCAGGAUCUGUAGAUGUUGCGCUUCGUUUUUAUGCAUUUUAGACGCUUAUUUAAAGUAGUUUCUUUUUUGUUAGCACUGUUAUAUUGGAAGAUGAACAUCAACAUACUCUCAAAAUCCUGCCGUCUUCAUGUUAUCACCAGGACUGCCCAUGAUGCCAACAACAACAACUCUCAGUUUAGUCGGUCUCAGUCAUUGCUACAGUUCAGCUGAUUAUCUUCGUGUAUUUCAGUAACUUCACCGAGUAGAGCUUUGGUGCUAGAGCAGGACUAGGUUACUUUUAAGAUGGUCUUUUGAACAUUCCAGUUUUUGUAUGCGCAGCAGGCCACACUCAGGGCUGAUCAUGCUGGAAAUGAAGAGGAUGAAUGUCUGAAUAACUCUGAAUAACUGCUUGUUUAAUAAUAGCAUUCAGUAAGCCACUCGCAUGUCGAACGGUCGUCAAACUUCUAGAUGUUUAGUGGCCAGUCAACAACUCAACAACAAUAAGUCUGUAACUUUAGACUCAAUGAUUUUAUUGAUAUUAUAACAUUUUUGUCUAAUACGCUUCACGCCAAAUUCUGUGUUAAAAGGAUCGUUAACCCAAAAAUGAAAAUUCUGUCAUUAUUGACUCAUCCUCAUGUCAUUCCAAACUUGUGUGACGUACUACUACUGAAAAAAGGAAGGUAUUCUAAAGGAAAUUUCCAGAGCAACAUCGGUCCCUAUUGUGUAGGCAAAAAACUUAAAUAUCUUCUUUUCUGUGAUAAAUGGUAGCAUAAUUAUUAGUUUUGGGUAAAAGAUCCCUUUAAAUGGCACAUAUUAAUUUCAAUUUUCAUAGACUGAUGUCAAGAAUAGUCUUAGCUUUGCUCCAGAGUCUUCUACAUCAGAUUAGUGUUUAGCACAUCCCACCUUCAGCAUUAGGAAUGUGUGGGGGAAAUAAACCUCUUGUUUUGUCUAAAAUGAAGGAAACUGUGGUUUUGCCAGGGUCAGCAGAUGUCUUGUCUUUCUCAGAUAUGCAUUUUAUUGUUCAGAAUCAGCCCUUCAGGAUAAGUUCAUAUUCAGAUACCUCAUUUGCUGCUUGUUCAUUUACUUAGUUAUAUCUUCAAAAUGGUACAAAUGUUUAAAGAUUUAGUUCUUCUGAUCAUCAUGUGUUUGGCAGCAGAGUUUUCUUAAACCAGAUGAGUCGAUUGUCUCAUUUUACCUCAUUUUGAAUCUUCGGGCUGGUUUUUGCUCCACUAUAUUAAGCAUGGAAUGGCUAUUUGUCUGGAUAAAUCUUUGGCAUAUUGCAGAGGAGAAUAGCAAAAUGCAUGAAAUGAGAGUUCAGAUGUCAAGCCAUACCUCUUAAAACAGACACAUGGUGGCAUAUGGACCAUUUUUAUACUGUGCUCAUAAUCAGUGCUUAUUGCUCAGGUGCCCUGUCUUUGCAUAAAAACUCUGGAGAGGUGCAACAGCUUACUCUGAUGUAAAGCAAGUGUGCACUGAAGUAUAAAAACCUCACCUGUCCUCCAGGAAAAUUAAGGCUUUUAUGGCAUGGGAAAAGCAACAACAAAUAUAAACACUGAUGCACAGACAUUUUUCAAAAGAAAUCAUGUAUUCUAAUUCUAAGUUUUUUUCUGGUGCUUCGUGGUGAGCUUUCUAUUCUGGUGAUGUGAGAAUCCAUCAGUUUUUUUUUACUUUUCCCCCCUUCAACCAGCAGACCUGUGCAUUUCUGAGACUCUCAGCACACAUACUUUGGACACAUUUGUGUAACACCAGCAACAGUAAGGUCUCUGACGUCUGUCGGUUAAAUGUGAGAGACAACAUCAGUCUCAGCACAAACACACAACUACACUGACCCAGUAUGAUUACAGCAUGUGACCAUCUGUUAUUUGUUUUAUAUGCUCUCAUGGCCUUCUUUGUACAAAUCAAAUCUAAAGAUUGUAAUGGUUUUUAAGACACAGGUGAAGAGAUUGAAGAAUGCAUUGACCAUUUAGUGUCUUUGAGAUAUGGUAAUAUUGUUUGACCCUCCCAUAGAAAUGUUAUUCUUUACAUUGCUAUGAUCUGUAGCUCUCGUUUUCUGCGCUGUGACAUCAGUUUUAAAAAAAAACAGAAUCUAUAAGAAACUGUCAGUUAACUCCCUUAGAUUAAAUCUAAUCUUUUUAACUGGAACAAAUGUGGCCUAUGAAUAACUGAUGUGGUGAAAUGAUAUCUGAUGACUGAUCAAAUGUUGCUACUCAAUCAUAUCUUACACGUGAGCUGUGAAGAGUGGAGUUUGAUGUCAGAUGGAGGGAUGCAGUGGAGGACAAUGUGAUAUUAUAAUGUGUAUGUUCUUCCUCUGUCACUGUCUCUGUGAGAUUUGCAGGUGUCUCUGCAAACUUGUACUAUGUAAAUAAACAUCCUAAUAACAAGAA